CGGCGGGCGCCGGGCCGGCCCGACGGCGGCGGGGCCCCGGCAUGCCGGCCCCGGUGGUGCUGAACGUGGGCGGCGCGCGCUACUCGCUGGCCCGCGAGCGCCUCAAGGACUUCCCGCUGCGGCGCGUGAGCCGCCUGCACGGCUGCCGCUCGGAGCGCGACGUGCUGGAGCUGUGCGACGACUACGACCGCGAGCGCAACGAGUACUUCUUCGACCGGCACUCGGAGGCCUUCGGCUUCAUCCUGCUGUACGUGCGCGGCCACGGCAAGCUGCGCUUCGCGCCGCGGAUGUGCGAGCUGUCCUUCUACCACGAGAUGCUCUACUGGGGGCUGGAGGGCGCGCACCUGGACUUCUGCUGCCAGCGCCGCCUGGACGAGCGCCUGGCCGCCGCCCCGCCCGGCGCGCGCGCCCCGCCGCCGCCCGCGCCGCCCGCGCCCCCCGACGCGCCCCCGCGCUGGCUCGAGCGCAUGCGGCGCACCUUCGAGGAGCCCACGUCGUCGCGCGCGGCGCGGGUGCUGGCCGGCGUGUCCGUGCUCUUCGUGAUCGUGUCCAUGGUGGUGCUGUGCGCCAGCACGCUGCCCGACUGGCGCGCCGCGGCCGCCGACAACCGCAGCCUGGAGGAGCGGAGCAGGGUCAUCGAGGCCGUCUGCAUCGGCUGGUUCACGGCCGAGUGCGUCGUGCGCUUCAUCGUCUCCCGGGACAAGUGCGAGUUCGUCCGGCGGCCGCUGAACAUCAUCGACCUGCUGGCCAUCGCGCCCUACUACGUGUCCGUGCUCAUGACGGUGCUGACGGGCGAGAACCCGCAGCUGCAGCGGGCGGGCGUCACCCUGCGCGUGCUGCGCAUGAUGCGCAUCUUCUGGGUCAUCAAGCUGGCGCGGCACUUCGUGGGGCUGCAGACGCUGGGGCUGACGCUGCGGCGCUGCCACCGCGAGAUGGCCAUGCUGGCGCUGUUCGUGGGCGUGGCCAUGGCCGUCUUCAGCGCGCUCGCCCAGCUGCUGGAGCACGGGCUGGCCCUGGGCGCCGCCAGCGAGGACUUCGCCAGCAUCCCGGCCGCCUGCUGGUGGGUGAUCAUCUCCAUGACGACCGUGGGCUACGGGGACAUGUACCCGGUCACGGUGCCCGGCCGCGUCCUGGGCGGGCUCUGUGUGGUCAGCGGCAUCGUGCUGCUGGCCCUGCCCAUCACCUUCAUCUACCACAGCUUCGUGCAGUGCUACCACGAGCUCAAGGUCCGCUCUGCCCGCUGUGGGCGGGGCCUCUCGGCCGAGUUCCUGAGCUGACGGGCGGGGCAGGGCACCAGGGGUGGGCGCCGGCAGAGGGGCACCAGGCCGCCGGCCCCCCGAGUCCGCCUCGGUCUGUUCUGGGUGCCCGUGUCUUCCGGGAGCCGCUGCCCCCCGAGCAUGUCACCGCCGGGCGGAGCCGGGGCCACUGUCCCCCGAGUGUGUCACCGCGGGGCGGAGCCGGGCCACCGUGCCGUUUCUUGUCGGAGAGGAACGUUUCCGUCUCCCAGUGUUUCAGAAUCUCGUGUAUCAAUGUCAGAAGUAUGCUGGGAACAUAUGUCACGGCAGGAGUGUUUAACCAAUACUUGAAAAAUCUGGCCAGCUCCUCGGCUCGGGGUUGGAGCUCUC